AUGAACAGCUUUCUGUCUACUUAUAUAUAUGCCUUUCUGCUGUGGAUUUAUUCUGUGAGGUCGAAGACGAUCAAAAUUGACACACAAGAUUGUUUUGGAUUGCCAGAAAAGCCAUUCAUUAUCUUUGGUGCAGUGGUUUCACAUACACGUGCAAUCGGCAGAACUCUGUGUUAUUUCCAACCGUCAGAACAAAAUCAGUAUUUGAGUAUUUAUCCUACGAAAUUAGUAUUACCUAGCCAAUUUGGAACGUGUCCAGUUAUACAGAUCAAAGAAUUCACAUCUGUUAGAGAUGAACUAAUUGAUAAUAGUGAUGUAAAUAUGAUUAUACCAAUGAAAGUCCCUGAUGAUACUAAGUUAAUUUUUCAAGCCAACUCUAAUUCUGCUGCAUCAGAUGUUGCCUAUCAAUUUGUAAUAUCAUCAUACGUUUUAGGACCAUCAUAUAACUGUCCAUCAGAUACAUUUCGUUGUUGGGAUGCGGCUACUAAUUGCAUACCCGAUUCUCUGACAUGUGACACAAUUGCAAAUUGUCAUGAUGGAUCCGAUGAAAAUGGUUAUUUGUGUACUGGAAGAAUCAACGGUAUCCCUAUUCCAUUAUUUGCAAUUAUUAUAACUAUAUCAAUUUUUGGACUUAUUCUUUUGGUUUUAACUAUUGUAUUUGUUAUUCGCAAACAAAGGAAGCAUAAGCGCAAAACAGAGCAAACGUAAGUUAUGACGAUUACACCAUGUAUGUUUUCGUAGUAAACAUUUUAUAUCCUUUGUUUAAUCGGCAGUAUUUUAUUUGUCUUAAAAAUAACGUCAGCUGUAUUAUGAUUUUAAACUGACUUUUUGAAGCUGUAGUCGAUAACAUUUUUCAGAUGAAUAAUGAAAGUAUCUUUCAUCAUUAUAAGACGGUGAAACGUUCGAGAACUUAUCGACUUUUAAGUGCUUUUAAUCUAUUUCUAACACAAUAAAGAUUCAUGGAAUAGGCUCUAUUUUUCAUCAAUGUUAUUCUGUACUAUACAGUUUCAUGAAGUCUAAAAGGAUGAACAGUUAAAUUAACUUCACAAAAACUCCG